AUGGCGACGCCUGCUCCCAACAGCCAGUCGCACUCCGGCGGCGCCCAGCCCUCGGCUGACGGCACCCACACCCAGCCUGCUGCCAGCGGCACUGACUCUGGCGCCAAGCCAUUCCCGACCCCCACCUCCCUCGACACUCCGAUCCAGGGAGACUACACUGGCUUCCACCGCCCUCAGGUCCACUACACGCCCCCCAUCGGUUACAUGGGUGAGCCCAAUGCCUUCAUCAAGGACAGCACCGGCACCUGGCACCUGUUCUACCAGUACAACCCAACCAACGCUUCCUCCGGCGGCGAGCACUGGGGCCACGCGACCACCAAGGACGGCUACAAGUGGGAGAACCAGCCGGUUGCGCUCUUCCCCACUGAGGGCGAGACUUCUGUCGGCACCGGCUGCGUCGUGAGCGACCCCUCCAACUCUUCCGGCCUCUUCGGCAACGGCACUGGCGAGAACCUCGUCGCGGUCUACGGCACCUCCAGCGGUGUUCAGCUCGCUACCAGCCUCGACGGCCAGCGCUUCACUCCCCAGGGCACCACCGUCGCCCCCGAGAGGCGCGACCCCCGCGUCGUCCGCUACCAGGACUGGUGGGUCAUGUCGGUUGUCUACAACGGCAAGGUUGAGAUCCACACCUCUACCGACCUGAAGACCUGGACCCUCUCGCAGGAGAUCCCUACUGGCGAGGUCACUUCGCCCCUCCUCACCAAGGUCGACGACAAGUGGGCCCUCAUCGCCUCCAACAUGACCGGCCCCAACGUUUACUGGGCUGGUGACUUCAACGGCACUGUCUUCGCUCCUGAGAGCCUUACUCCCAAGCCCAUGGAGUGGGGACCGGACGGCUACGGCGGCGCUGCUUUCGUCGACGGCAACACUACGGUUUACAUGACUCUCGCUGCCAACUGGGCCUACGCCGACAAGGUUCCUACCGGUGACCUCGAGUGGUGGCGCGGCACUAUGACUGUCCCCCGUGUUCUUUCCAUGUCCAACUCUUCGGCCGGCCACGUUCUCGCUCAGGAGCCUCUUAACCCCGCCCCCGUCAUCGGCUCGCAGGUCGCCACCGUUGUUAGCGACAAGGGCAAGAUCGACUACACUUUCGACGGUACCGCUGCUACUUCCCGCGCCAUGAUGGUCCUCCUCAACAUCACCAACAUUGAGGGCGCCACCCCCGACCACUCUGUUAACUGGACCUUCUACAGCGCCGACAAGAAGGAGUGGCUCGAGAGCGGCUACAAGUUCGACGGCACUGCCUGGAUCCGCCGCGGCAAGGUCGGCCCCUUCAAGACCGAGGGCUACACCGAGGACAUCACCGGCAUGUACAAGCCCGAGGGCAACCACAUGACUGUCGCCGCUCUUGUCGACCGCACCAUCCUCGAGACCUACGUUGACAGCGGCAAGGCUGUUGCCACCAACCUCUUCUACUCGAACGCUUCGCUGUCGCAGGUUGGUCUCUGGGCCGACGUUCCCGAGGGCACCAACGUUGAGGCGCACGUCUUCGCCCUCAACAGCGCCUGGGAGAACACCGCGGACCACACCUCGUCGUCGAUGUCUCCCGCCGCUUCGCCUACUGCCUAA